AUGUGGGAUUCUUUACCGCCAGUCACUGCUACUCAGGUUGGUAUGAAUAUCCCUGGCAUUGCUGAUGUGCGCAAGAUCAGUUCCAUGGGACUCUUCGAAUACAAAGCGUUGAGUUCUUUGGGAAAAGACGAAACUGGAAGUUCUGGCGUUGAAAACGGAUCUAACACUUUUUCUGGUUCGCCUCGACUUCGACCUAGUAAAAUUGAAGGAGUUGUUUUAGAUAAUCCAAGAAAUACCAUUGCGAUGAAUGGGAGACUUCGCGAGGAUAUUACACCCAAUAGGGGAGGGUCUUUGAGCCCUGCUACUUCGCCAGCAUUGCUCCAUCAUAUGGGCAGUGCGGACACUGACGCUGGGGGCGGACACCACUCAGAGCUUUCGUUUCCAAUGCUAUCGUCAAUGGAUAGCAUUGAAAUCGUACGAGCGUUCAACUCUGUCACACAGACAGUUCCCGCUCCCCGUAGAGAGACCCCGAGAGGGGUGCGCACUGGGUUAGAUGCAACUAUGAGGCCGGGUGAAGCGACCCAUCUCGGUGUUCCGCCACACACCCGGGGCACUCAUACCGGACAGAUCGACGACCCCAACCCAAUCCUAGGCCAGCGUGUACCAGGGAUGUGCCCCAUCUCUGCGUGGGAGGGCAGUUUCAGAAGGGAAUCCCAUGCCGCUCCCGCCGUGCCACCUCCCUCUGUACAUUCUGCGCCUUACCGACAGCCGCGCGUCUUAACUGACGAAGGGUUUAUCAGCCGACCCGCGAGUGAAGGUUUGCGGGCUCACACCCGUCCAACCCCUCCUUGCCCUGCCCCGACAUUGGAAUCCAAACACCCACCCAGGGCGGAGGUUCCUCUCGGUGCCCUGUCCACGAUGGCGAUGAAGGACAUGCUCCUCAUGUCUAGUCAAUAUGGUCCCUUUAGGGCCCCAACGUAUCCGGCCGGUCCAGCCUUUGAUACGGUAAGGGCAUCCACCACCACCACGACGGCUACGGCGUCGACGCAACCCACCCAUGCUGUGAGGCCUUCAAGCUCGGCGAUGCGGCGUCUUUCGCUGCAGGGACCGCCCCCUUCGUCUUUUUCUCCCCCUUCUCCAUCCAAGCGGAAUGGCAGCACGGGGCCCAGUCGAGGAAGGAGGGGACCUUGCCCUCGCGUGAGUCGGGGUUCUGCGCAGGGUUCACAUCCUCAGACCGGGCCGGGUGGCUUAGACUCCUUGCAUUUUCCCGAAACUGUGAUGAGGACGACUGUGACCACUACGGAGGCGCCGCCCACCGCGGGUGGCAGUUCCUCCCUGCAAAUCACAAGCGCCGAGGUCCGGCAAGUUUUCGAGGCGUUUUGCGCUCGCUACGAGUCCUAUCAGCAGCAUAAGAAGCGAUUCAUUGAGGCCUACCUGGGUAAGAUCGAACAAGCAGUCGACCAGUAUCUUGCACAACGUUUUAAACCAAAAAAGCUUACCGACAACGUCCUCAGUAAGGCGGGCGAGAAUAUUUUAAAGAUGGGUGCUAAACUUUUCAAGACUGCCAUGAAUGCUAAGAAGUCGGGGAGCCCGAGCAGGGGCGGUGGCUCGUCGUUUAUCACAACCCCUCAGUCUUCUGCGAACCUCAUCGGCACCGCAGGUUGCUUCGGCUGCGAUGAGGCCUCACAAAUACAGGUGCCAUCCCUCACCUCUGUAGAGGAGGGCUCGCGGGUGCCGUCGGACAGCCCACCCCCGCCUUGUUACACCCCCAAUGUCAUCUGCUCGGAAUAUUUAGACUCCCGUCCGGAUGAGGCGACACUCAAUGCAGUUCGGCAAAAUUAUCCUAUUAUUGUACACGUUAUGAAGAACGUGUUUUAUCAUCCCACAAACCAUGCUGGGGGUGUUUUGGACAAUAGAAGGGGUCUCGAACCGUCGCCCUGCACGUCUCCUCCAUUUCUUGCCCUUAGCAGCCCUGCGUCUGCUCCUCAAGGAUAUGACCUAAAGGAGCAUCAAGCUAUACACAGCAAGCUUAUCGCCCCUCUUGUCGAGUCCACCUGGAGGGAGUACCUGGCUCCGCUGGAGAUGCGCAUCCAGGAGCUGCUGCUGGUUUUGGACCAAAACGUUCUGCCGGCCUACCAACAAUAUGAAAAGUCGUCAUGUGGUGCGAGUAUGGACGCCGAUCUUCAGCACGUACUCAAGCUCCAGCAGUCGCUGGGUAACGAUUUGGAGUACGUGGUGACCAUUCGGGGAAUGGAUCAGGACUUUUUGUCGCGCAACCACGCGCUUAACAAUGGCCGCAACGAAGGGGUGGCCGACCCUGUUGAAGGGGAUAAAAAAUGCGGUCUCUCGGACUAUGUUCCCGUGCAUGGGCUUAUUUUAUCACGUCUACACCGGUUGGAGAUGGAGCAUCGGUCGGUAUUGGAGCUGUGGGCUGGCCAGAGGCCGUGCAGCACGCCGGCGUCAGCGGGGAGCAGCCCCCCUUUUAAUACCCCUCAUCCUGUGACGAACCAGGGGCCCAGUUCGCCAGCACAAGGAUCUCAUUAUCGUACCUAG